UAUCUUUUUUUAAGCCUAUUCAUACAAAUAUUUAUUUCCCUUUUCAUUUUUUUUUUUUUUUCUCCCAACAUAUUCUGAUGGUGCGAUCUGCCUGGUGGAGCCCCCUCACGCCACAACAGACCUUGUAACUGAUGAAGAGUGCGAGGAGACUUUGUCUGCUGCCUUCACAGAGGGGGAACCAGAAAGGCCUGUAGAGGGCAUGGCUGGGCAGCAGCAGGAGGGUCCCUCAACUUCAACUGCACAGAUUGACACAGUGAGAUGGAUGUUCAGUAAACACCAGAGGUUCAUUCUGUGGAAUUCAUGUGCAACUGUAUAAUUUAAUGUCCUCCUUAUGUAUUCCCAGUUAAAGAUAUCUACAAAAUAUUUCUUCUGAAAAAAAUUGAAAAAACCAACAAAGAAAUGCAGUUCUUGGACCGCCAGAUGAGAAGGGCAGAUCUCGAAAUUGAAUUACUAGAGCACAAGUUAGAGUGGAUGCAGGAUAUGGUGUCUCUGACUGCUCUGCCGUCCUGCAUACAGUGGCCUUACCUUCAUCCAACAUGCCACAGAGGACAUUAGGACGAGCUGAGGUUUGUGGCUCCAUAAAAGUCAAGAGGGAUCAAGCCUACAGCAGUCAGCAGAUCCAGUCGUGUCACAGACAGAAGUCAUUUGACAUCCAAACCUUAAACACUGGUAAAAACUGGUGAAGAAGAUUUUCAGACAGAAUAAUGUUGAGAAUCUGCAGCAAGAGUCUGGUGAAGGUGGGGAGGCUGAAACCCUGUAUCCCUCUAAGACCUGCCGCUCUGCACUCAUGUAGAAACAUAAGUCAGCAGCAGGAUCUGCCUAAACUGCCCGUCCCCCCUCUGAAGAAGACCUGUGAGCUGUACCUGAACAUCCUGGAGCCUGUGUUGAAGCCCCAUGAGCUGCAGAGAGCCAAACAGCUGGUGGAAGAGUUUCAGAAACCAGGAGGAGUGGGAGAGAGACUGCAGAGCGAUCUGCAGAGCAGAGCAGAGGGAGUAGAUAACUGGUCAACAGACGAUUAUGUGAAGAUGGCCUACCUGGCUAGACGAAAGCCUUUACCUAUUUUUUCAAAUAUGUCGGGAAUCUUCCCCAAACAGGACUACACAGAUAUUCAUGGACAGAUCAGGUGUGCUGCUGAUUCAGUGCUGGCUCUGCUGGAUUAUAAACUGAAGACUGAAACUGGCACACUUCCAGUUUCAUACUUCCAAGGAACGCCGAUGUGUAUGUUACAGCAUGAGGAACUAUUAUCAUCCUGCAGAAUCCCACAUCCAGAAGUUGAUUCUCUGAUGUUUUACGCCAAAAGCCCCAACCCCCCUAAACAUAUCAGCGUGGUUCACAACUGUCAGUUCUUUGUGAUGGAUGUGUACCACAGUGAUGGUACUCAGCUGAGUAAGGAGGAUAUCUUAGUUCAGCUGAAGAGAAUAUAUGAAUCGUCAAUGCAGCCUGACCAGGAACCUGUUGGGAUCCUGACAUCUCAACGCAGAGACAUCUGGGCCAAAGUUUAUGAGAAGCUCAUCACUGAUGAAACCAACAAACAGUCGAUGUUUGCCAUCCAGAGCAGCAUCUUCACCAUCUGUCUGGAUGGACCAACGGCCCCUGUGGCCAGUCAAUCUUAUCGCACUAAAACGAUGCCAACAUUGCUGCAUGGGGAAGGAAGCCGCUGGAACAGCGCCAACCGCUGGUUUGACAAGGGAUUGCAGUUUAUUAUUGGACAGAACGGUGUGUGUGGCGGGACGGUCCUCCACACUGUGGCUGAUGGAAUAGUGGCUGUAGAAGCUUGUCAAUAUAUAAAUGCACACAUGAAAAAAGAAAAACCACAGGCGUCCCCCGUCAUGGAUUUAUGUCCCCCGCAGAAACUGAAGUUCAACAUUUCACCCGAGAUAAAGGAGGACAUUGAGGAGGCCAAGCAACACAUGGAGAAGCUGAUUAAAGGUUUUGAUCUUAAGACAAAAGUGUUCGAGCACUUUGGUAAAAACCUCCUCAAGUCUUUCAAGAUGAGUCCUGACGGUUUCAUGCAGAUGGCAACACAACUGGCAUACUUCAGGACGCACCAGCAGCUCUCCGCCACGCAAGAACCCGUAACCCUGAGGAUGUACAAAGGAGGGCGUCUAGGAUUGCUCAACGCAACCUCCAGUGCAUCCGCCGCUUUUGUUAAAGCCUUCGAUGACCCGAACAAGCAGAACUCAGAGAAACUGGAUCUGCUGAAAAAAGCUCUGAAAACACACCAUCACAACAUUAUCACGAUACUCCGUGGACAGAUCACAGAUGGACAUCUCUUUGGACUGGAGAUGCAGGCUGUCGAGGAAAAAAUCCCCACCCCUGAAAUCUUCACAGAUGUUUCCUAUGAAAAAGCUUUCACAUUUCAAGUCAUAGCUGGUCAGGUAACAAGCGGGAAUGGAGUCAUCACAUGUUCCAGUCCUGAAGAAGUCGGACUAUACGACGUAAAUUACGGUUUAAUGAAUGAUCACAUGGAGUUAAUAGUGUCCUGUUUCGAAUAUUCUGAGACUGGCAGAGAAAAGGAUUCAGCAAAGAUGAUCCAAUCCCUUGAGGAUACUUUGUUGGACAUGAGGAACUUAUGUGAAGAAGCCACAGAGAAAAUCUAACCCAGCAGGGUUAGUGCUUGAAAACUUAAAUCUGAUGUAUCCUGUAAAGUAUGAUGAAUUAAACACAUUUUAUUUGAUUGUAA